AUGAAACCAAGGAAUUACAAACGAAAUAUACCUUUCGUGAUACCUGACAAAAACAACAAAGUUGGUGUAUCAGAAUUAAAACAAAAUAAAACUCCUGCGACGUUCCAGAGGUCAUUACGAGUCACAUUGAUAAUCGGGCAAAUCUUUUCGCUACUACCUGUAGAAGGAGUGUACAGCACAUCGCCAAUAAAUGUAAGAUUUGUCCGAUGGUCAUGGAAGUGCACUUAUUUUGUCUUGUCGCUGAUUGGACAAUUUUUUAUUACAUUUAUGUGCUUGUACAAGGUACUCCAUACUACCGCUUCCCUAAAUGGUACAACACCACUUAUAUUCUACGGAACAACUGGUUUAACAUUGAUAAUAUUUCUUCGUGUCGCCAUGUGUUGGCCGGACCUGAUUCGUCAUAUAGCCCACGUGGAAGACCUGGAUCCAUAUUACGACAGAAAUCUUACUUAUAAAUGUAACGCGACUUGUGGUUUUGUCUUGUUCUUAGCUUUAGUGGAACAUGUCUUAUCAUUGUUAUCAGCUUACACAGGAGCAAUGGUAUGUCAAAGCGAAGACAUGACGCAUGAAAGAUUCGUGAAACAUUUUUAUCCGUGGGUCUUCAACUAUUUACCUUACUCUUUUGGCUUGGGAAUCUUGACACAGUUUCUACAUUUCCAAUCAACGUUUAUUUGGAACUUUUCUGAUUUAUUCGUGAUAUGUAUUAGUUAUUAUUUAACAUCAAGGCUUAACUAUGUUAAUAAACAGUUACUCAACGCUCAAGGCAAGUAUCUACCCGAGUUAUUCUGGCGGACAGUUCGCGAAGAGUAUUGUCGUGCAGCUCAACUCAUAAGAAGAGUGGACGAUGUCAUCAAUGGAGUCAUUUUCAUUUCAUUUGCAAAUAAUCUCUUCUUUAUCUGUCUCCAACUUUUUAACUCUUUAGAAGAUGGUAUCAAGGGAAAUGGAGAAUGCAGCAGUCGCGGUAAAGGGAAAACCAGCACCAUCCUCGGAGGCUACGAAGCAGCUUCAUAUUUCUUCUUCUCCCUCGUCUAUCUCAUAGCUCGGUCUGUCACAGUGUGCCUUAUCGCAUCUCAAGUUAAUUCAGCUUCAAACGUGCCAGCAUCUGUCUUGUAUGAAGUGCCCUCACCAGUAUAUUGUGUGGAGGUUCAAAGGUUUUUGGAUCAAGUUAACGGAGAUAACAUUGCUCUGAGCGGCUUACAAUUCUUCAGCGUAACACGUGGCUUAUUAUUGACAGUUGCUGGAACCAUUGUGACGUAUGAGCUAGUGAUGUUCCAGUUCAAUACGCAGCCUCAAUCAUCGAAUACGUCUCCUACAAAUCCAACACUAUCGUUUUAUAAUAACACAAUCAUACCCAGUAGUAAGUAG